AUGGAGGCAGCUCUCCCUGGGAGCCAUCUUCGUCGGGUCGAGUACACGACCGUCGGUGGGCCAACAAGCAUUGCCACUGUGCAGAACACGAAGACAAUCGAAGAGACACAAAUCGUAACGGCGCCUGGGACUACAGUCAUUAAGUACUCUACAAUCCCAGCUGGACCUCCCGUUACUGCAACAAUUGUUCAGACAGUCGGCACGACUGUGACGUCUGUCUCUACUACGAAGGAGAUCAUCAUCGAGACCGCCACUCAGACUUUGCCGGUCAUCGCCACGCCGGCUUAUACCACGAUCACACAGACUCUUGCUCCGUCAACGAUCACCUCGACCGAGAUGGAGACAAAGACGAUCCCAAUCACGAUAACUACUACUAAGACGCUGGCUCCAAGCACUGUUACCUCUACUUGCGUGGAGACUUACACCCAGCCUGUCUAUGAGACCACGACUCAGACUCUGGCUCCAAGCACCAUCACCUCGAUCGAGACGAAAACCUACACGCAGCCAAUUACUAUCUACUCUACCAUCCCAGCAGGCACAGCACAGACCGUGGUGAUCACGAAGACAGCUGCCCCAAGCACCUAUACUCAAGAACAAACAGUCACUCUCACCAAGCCAAUUACCGAAUUCAUUACAAAGACAGCGGCACCAUCGACUAUCACCAAGGAAGAAACAGAAACCCAGAGCGUUCCAGUGACACAGAUCAUCACCAAAACCGCGGCUCCAUCUACGGUCACGAAAGAAGUUGAGGAAACCAAAACGGCUACGGCUACCGCAACGGCUUACAAGCAGACUACGAUUGUCUCUACAGUCACAGGACCAGCAACAACUAUCACCGUAUCUGCUUCUUGCUCGAGCACAUGGAGUGGUCACGGGUGGGGCCCAUCUCACUCUUGGGGCCCACACUCGAGCAGUCAAUGGAGUAACGAGCAGCCACCGAAGACUUCCUCGGAACCUUGGUCGCACCCAACUGUUCCAGGUUACGGUCCUCCAUCUUCCGUUAGCAAGACUUGGGAGACCUCUGAGAAGCCAACCGGUUAUGGCCCACCAAGCUCAAUCUCUGCUUCGGAAGUCCCAGCUAAGCCAACUGGCUACGGAGGCCCAAGCUCUAGCCAGGGCUGGGACGCACCAAAGCCAUCCAACAGCGCGCCUGCAGGACCAGAUGGCUACGGCUCUUAG